AUGGAUAUUGUUGAUUUAUAGAAAGACGUACAAAACUAUUAUGGAAAGACAAUUACUUAAACUAAGGAUCUAGUCACUAAUGCUUGUUGCUUAGCUGAUCCAGGAUUCUCAGAAAAAGAAUAGGAAAUUUUGACUUAAAUUCACCCUGAGAUUAUUGAUAAAUUUUACGGUUGUGGUAGCCCGAUUCCAUCAGUCAUUGAAGGCUGUACUAUACUUGAUCUAGGAUGUGGUACUGGCAGAGACUGCUAUCUUGCCUCAGGCUUAGUCGGGGAAAAAGGCAAAGUUAUUGGGGUAGAUAUGACUGAUGAAUAGCUGGAAGUAGCUAGGAGACACUAAGAAUAUCAUAAAGAAAAAUUUGGUUAUAGUGAGUCCAACGUUACCUUCCUAAAGGGUACUAUUGAGGAUCUGAAAACAAUAGGUGUUGAGGAUCAGUCAGUAGAUGUUGUAAUUUCUAAUUGUGUCAUUAAUCUCUCAGGGGAUAAAAAGAAGGUAUUUGAAGAAAUUUGGAGAAUCCUCAAAGUCGGAGGUGAAUUGUACUUUAGUGAUAUCUUUUCUGAUAGAAGAAUACCUGAUCAUCUAAGAAAAGAUUCUGUGCUUUGGGGUGAAUGCUUGUCAGGAGCACUUUACGUUGAGGACUUUAGAAGAAUGAUGCAAAGUGUAGGAUUCUAAUCAAACUACACUGUGAAGAAGAGCAGAGUGACCAUAGACAAUAAGAUGGUUUAAUUGCAAGUAGGAGAGAUAAAAUUCUACUCAAUUACCAUAAGGGCUUUCAAGAUACCUGAGAUUGAGGAUAAAUGCGAAGAUUAUGGUUAAGAGGCUUAUUAUCUGGGGACUGUUGAGGGAAUGCCAGAUGAAUUCAGAGUGGAUCAAACACAUCUCUUCAAAAGAGGAGAGCCAGUGAGAAUUUGCAAAAAUUUUGCUCUUAUAUUCAAAUAAUCAAGACUUGCUCCUCAUUUUGAAGUGAGCGAUGAACAAGACCAUCUUGGAAUUUUGGACAUGCCAGGAGUUUGCGAUUCUACAACUGAUGGAUGCUGCUGA